CUUACCUCCAGUGUCUAUUCUCACGAGUACGACAAUGGACGUCGCUACCAUAGCUACCGCCAUGGCCGAUAUCCUUUGCCAAACGAUGACGAGGAGCAGGGCCGGGAGUACAUGAAGCAUGUGAUGAAUCUCGAACUUUGCGAUGGAAAGUUGUUCUAUGCACCAAUUGGAGAUAACCCUCAAAAGAUUAUCGAUAUUGGAACGGGCACUGGCAUUUGGGCAAUCGAAGUCGCCGACCUUUUCCCUAUGACAACAGUCUUGGGCAUCGACCUGUCGCCAAUUCAGCCGGGGUGGAUUCCCCCUAACGUCAAAUUCCUCGUGGAUGAUGCUGAGGAUGAUUGGCUGAAUGGCGACAAUUAUGAUCUGGUCCACUUCCGCAUGAUGGGAAUGUCGCUGAAGAAAAUUGACAAGGUCAUUGCCAGCUCGUACAAGCACUUGAAGAACGGCGGCUGGAUCGAAUUUCAGGAGCUCCACGGAGAGGUACAGUGCGACGACGGCACAGUUCAGGAAGAUGACACGGUCAAACGCUUCUGGGAAAUGGGCAACGAAGCCUUCAGCCUCUUUGGCCUUCAAUUCCAUAAUGCUCGCAACAUGAAGCCCCGGCUCGAAGCAGCCGGCUUCAAGAACAUCCAAUGCGAGGUGAAGAAAUGCCCCAUUGGAACCUGGCCAAAGGAUCCUACCUUGCGUCUUGUUGGCAAAUACAUGCAAGAAGCACUCAGCGGUGUCGCUGCAGCCUUUGUCGGUAAGCCUUUUGAGGCGUUGGGUAUCGAGGCGGUUGAGAGGCAGGUAUGGCUGGCAACUCUCAGAAAGGCCAUUAAAGACAGAAACGCGCAUCGCUACAUGAAUCAGUACUUCUGGUACGCACAGAAACCUGAAGGUGCGCCUAAGAAUGACGGCCCUGAAGCAGGAUCAUCUGGCGAUGAGGCGGCCUGA